CCUCGGACGAGCAAGUACUGUGGAUAGAGUAGUGAGAGAUUUCGAAUAUUUCGUUGUGAACUGAAGUGUUGGGUUUGCAGUGUUUACUUUUGGAUUGAAAACCAAAGAUCGAUCAAGCAUGACAUCAAUAAUUAUGAAAGAAGAUGUGAUGCAACCGAAAACACUGCAAGAAGCUAUCAAUAUCAUCAAAUUCCUACAAACAACGCAUAAGGAAGAAGUUUCUAAACUCAAAGAAUCAUACACUAAACAAGCAGCUAUAAUCAAGAAACUAGAAGCCAACAGAAAGAAAGAAUUAGAAUUUUUAUCCAAUGAACUUCAAAACUAUGAAAUCAGUUUAGCCCUAAGAACAGAUACAGUAAAAAAACAACUUGCAGAGAAAGAUGAAAUCAUACAAAAGCAGUUGGAAGAAAUUGAAGAGCUGAACAAGAAAUUGAAAGAACGACAAUGCAUAAUCCCAGAAAUUGUAGUAGAAUCAAAUUCUGACUCCGGAGUCGCUAUGGAAAACGAUGAGAGUGGGAGCAAAGUAGGAGAAAUUCAGAAGACAGAAAUCAAAGCUACAAGAAAAUGCAGUAGAAAGUUUUCAGACCAUAUAAGUUUUCUACGAAGAGUUGAUUUCUCACCUAUAAAAUAUAAACCAAGCAAUCGAGAUGCUGCUAAAAAGAAGGAUGAAAAGAAAAACACUUUAGAAGUUCCAGUUACGAUGAAGAGGAUCCUGACUCGUCAAUUCAGCAAUGAAAGACCGAUGAGUGAUGAUGAUAGAGUAAUGGAAGAAGCUACGUUCUCUGAUAGUAAUUUAGAACCUAUUAUUGUUAGACCAAAGAAAUUGAACGGUAGCAUGAACAAUCACUUUUCGGAUGACGGCAGUGACGACACCAGUGAAGAAAUAUUCGACAGAGUUAUGACAAGAAGUAGCAUUAGAAGAUCAGUUAAAGCGAAUCCGAAAUACAAGAAGAUAAAUAGAAGUAAGUCCAAAUUAUUGGAUCAAGUCAAAGUGAACAUCGUUAAUUAGGCUGUGAGUUACUCAAAAUGUACCGUUAUUUAAUGAAAAUCAUAAAUAAACAUUACU